AUGGAUAGAAAUAUAUUUAUAGAAAAAGAGUUUGAACAAUUUUGUAUAAACUAUCAGAAACAACCAAUUAUAUUUGGAAACAAUGAUAUAGAAACUAUUAGAAAGAAUUUUGAAUAUAAUGGCGAUUGUGAUGAUUUGGAGUAUCCAUGUAUUGAAAAAAAAGAAAUCUUUAAACUUUGCAAUGAUAAAUAUAACUUGGGCUCUGUAGAAGUGAUUUUUUUUCACCCUGUUGAAUAUGAUGAGGGAUUUGAUAAUAAAGUAUUUCCGAUAGUGUAUUACUUACAUGGUGGUGGUUGGUGCUGUGGAGGAAAUAAAAAGGACUAUUUACUCCCAAGGAAGAUUUGUUACUUUUCUAAAUCGAUUGUAGCGUUUCCUGUGUAUAGUUUAUCGCCAGAGGCCAAAUUUCCAAUCGCAUUAGAACAAUGUUACGAAAUUUUUUUCUUAAUUGUAAAUAGAAUUGAAGAAUUUGCUAAAAAACUAAGAUUUGAUUCAAACUCCAUAGUUGUCGGAGGUGAUAGUUCGGGUGGUAAUAUGAUUAUCUCGUUAUUAUUACUUUGUAAUACUAGAAAUAAAGAUCCAAAUAUAAAAAAAUUAUUUUUAAUUAAUCCACCUGUAGAUUGUAAUCGUGAAAGAGAAUCCUAUGCUAAAUACAAUGGUUAUUUCCUAAGCAUAGAUGCUGUUAAUUGGUUCCUAAAGCAAUAUAUUGAAAAUGAUACCCUAAAAUCGCACCAUUUAGUCUCCCCUAUCAAUGCUACUGUGGAACAAUUAAAAGAUCUACCUGAAUCUUUAUUAAUUUUUGGUGAAUUGGACAUCCUGAAAGACGAAGGGUUAGAGUUCUCCGAAAAGUUAAAAAAAGCAGGUGUUAAGGUAACACCGAUUGUAUUUCCUGGUGCAACACACAGCUUCUUAACAAUUAGAUAUUUCCAAAAUACAAAUUCCUCAAAACAGGCUUUAAAAAAUAUAGUUGAUUUUAUUUUGGAUAAAAAAAAAUAA